AGGAAGAAAAAAAAAAAAUCCCACACUUAAAGAGACACAUUGUUUCUGGCAGUGGGAAAAGCAAAGAUUACAGAGUUUGGAAGCAACAAACUGAAAAAAAAGGAGAGGAAGAGAAGCCUUUAGGGCAGAUAGCAGAGAAAAGAGAGCAGUUUAGCAGACAUGUAGCAGGAAACAGAUCUUGUGCCUUUGCUGGAAGGAGGAGGGAGAGGGGGCAGAAUCCUUUUUUUCCUAUUUGCCGUUGCUGACUGGAGAGACUUUGGAGGGAGAGGAGGAUAAUAAAAAAACACAGAAGGUUUUGAGGUGAGGCACAGCAUGAAGGGUUGCAGCCCUCCCCAGCUGGGUAAUAUGGCUGCGGUGUGCAGGCUGGCUGGGCUGUGUGAAGGCAGAGGGGGCAAGAGGACAAGCUUGUAUUCAGCUCCUGGAAGCUGGAGGCUCCUGCUGGGCCUGUAACUCAGGAGGAGAAAGAGAGGACUCCACAGCACAGUCACACACUUGGAGGGAAGUGCAGGAGUGAAGGGAGGAAGUCUCUUUCCUUCAGUCCCAGGAUGGAGCCCAAACACAGGGAGCUGUUGCAGCAGUGUCACCAAAACCUGGUGGAAUCCAUCACUGAUGUAGAUGGGCUGCUCAACCUCCUGGAAGAGUCUGGGACUCUCAGUACCAGGGACAGACUAGAGCUGGACAACAGUUGCUCUGCUAACCAGGACAAAGUGGACCUCUUGCUCAAGAUGUUGCUGGUGAAGGAGAAGGACCACUUUCAAGAUUUGAGGGUAGCCCUUGAGAAGACUGAACCCCAUCUGCUCCCCAUCCUCUACCUGAAUGGCCUAGGGACUGUGGAGACUGCUGGCUCCACCUACAGCGUUCUGACCACCAUGCCUUCAGAUUCAGAAAGCAGUAGUUCCCUCAGCAGCGUAGGUACGACCAACAAGCCCACCUCACCUCCCCCUUCAGCCACAGACAACCGACAUAUGAGUGAGAAGUUGGACACCAUAUUGUCACAGUUAAGGCAGGUGACUCGGGAAAGAGAUGAGUUACGGAAGCAACUGGCUCUGUCCUCUCCAGGAUCAACAUUUGAUGAUUGCAGGCCUACUCCUAAACUCAAUCCAGAUUAUGAGCGUUUGAAGGUCCAAUGCAUGAAGGCAAUGUCUGAACUGGAGUCGCUUCAGAGCCAACAUUCCAAAGCGCUGAAAAAGUGUGAGGAGGCAGCGAAAGAGGCAGAUUUCUAUCACACUCUGCACAGCCGUGUUUUAAGUGACCAGACACAACUCCAGGAGGACAGCGAGAGCUUGCGCAGGAAACACGCUCAGUUACAGCGGGAAUUUGCUCACCUGCAGCAGUCCUGUCAAGAUAUGAAGAGAAUGCAUGAGGUAGAUCAGAAGGAAAUGUCUGAACUACGCAGGCAGCAACAACUGGUGGUUAAACAGAACGGCUCCUCUGAGCUUAUUAAUAAACUGUAUGACACUGCACUGGACAAGCUGGAGGUUGUGCAAAAAGAUUAUGACUCUCUACGCAAAAAAUACAAUGAAAAAGUGGGCAGUCACAACUCAGACCUGGGGAGGUUGGAGCAGAGCGAGGAAGAAAAAAGAAAUCUUCAAAAACAACUGGAAAGCCUGUUAAAGCAGAGAGACUUGCACCUCCAGCAUCAGUUCAGCUCAUCUAUGCGAAGGUACGAUUCCAUCCAACAGGAACUGAACAAGGCGACCUUGCAGAACAAGGAGCUGCAGAGAGAACUAGAGCGGCUGCAGGUUGAAGCCACACGUUUAAAAACCAUGCAGCUAAAGGCAGCCAAAGAUGCAGAGAAGUACAAGGAGGAGAGAGACUCUGUAUUUAACGAGUACCGUCUAAUUAUGAGUGAACGUGAUCAGGUCAUUAAGGAGGUGGAUAAGAUGCAAACUGAACUGGAACUUGCACAGGGCCGGCUAAAGAAUACAUCUAGCGAGAAGAGGGUGGCCAGUGAAGAGAUGGAAGCUCUUAGACAGGAGUUGAAUUCUGCCUUGGUGGAGCGUGAUAGAGCUAUCUUUGAGCGGAAUGAGCUCCUGGAGAAGUAUUGUCAUGAGGUGAAAGAUAAAGCUGAAGCUCAGAAAGAGUUGGACCAAGCCUGUAAGGAUAUAGAAACUGUGAAGGAAGAACGAGAUGUGGCCAGGAAAGAAAGAACAGAGGCUAUAAUACAGAGAGACCACCUCCUGAGAGAGUAUUACCAGGCUAGACAGAUCCAGGACUCUGCUACUUUAGAUAUGGAUAGGGCCAAUAAGGAGAUAGAGGUUUUGAGGAAGCAGUAUGAGGCUAUGAGCCAUGAACUGAAAGAGGCUACUCAAGAGGCUGAGGUUGCUAAGUGUAGGCGAGACUGGGCCUUCCAGGAGAGGGACAAAAUCGUUGCAGAGAGAGAGAGCAUUCGGACCCUGUGUGACAACCUGAGGAGGGAGCGGGACCGCGCGGUCAGUGAGCUAGCAGAAGCCCUACGUAAUCUAGACGACAUGCGGAAGCAGAAGAACGAUGCAACCCGAGAGCUGAAGGAACUCAAGGAGAAAAUGGAAAAUCAAAUUGAGAAGGAAGCUCGUUUCCGUCAGCUUAUGGCGCACAGCUCUCACGAUUCUGCCAUUGACACGGAUUCACUGGAAUGGGAGACUGAGGUGGUGGAAUUUGAGAGGAACAGGGAGGAUAUGGACCUGAAAGCUCUUGGUUUUGAUGUGGCUGAUGGGGUAAAUGAGCCUUUCUUUCCGGGAGACAGUGGCAUUUUCGUGACCAAGGUGGAUAAAGGCAGCAUCGCAGAUGGCCGGCUGAGGGUGAAUGACUGUCUGCUGAAGAUUAAUGAUGUGGACCUAACUAAUAAGGAUCGCAAGCAGCUGAUUAAAGCCGUGCUCAGUGGCGGUGAUGUCAUCAACAUGGUGAUUCGCAGGAGAAAGUCCCUGGGGAGUCGGAUAAUAACCCCUCUCCUCAUCAGCUUGGGCAACCAGAAAGAUAGUGGAAUCUCUCUGGAAAGUGGUGUACUGGUGUCAGCGGUGGUACCUGGUAGUCCAGCUGCUAAGGAAGGAACCCUUGCAGUUGGAGAUAGAGUGGUGGCUAUUAACGGCAUCACUUUAGAUAACAAGUCGCUUACUGAGUGCGAAGCUUUGCUGCGGAGCUGCCGAGAUUCUCUGAGCCUCUCUCUUUUAAAGGUUAUACCUCCAGCCACAUCCUGGAGUGGGCAGAAUCUCUUUGAGAACCUAAAAGAUUCGUGCAGAACCCUCCCACCCAAUAUUCAGGCACAGAAUAACAGAAACCUGAAGAACAACAGCUCAACGCAGACUGACAUUUUCCGGCCAGACAUCCUGGAUUUGAAGAAAGACAUGGGAGACAGGAAUGGUUCAGAAAGGGCCCUUCAGCUGAGUUGCCAUAGCCACUCUGAACACAGCCUGGGAUCUCUGGGGGCAGAGGUUUUCAUGGGGCGUGGCUAUGACUUGCUUGAGGAAGAUGGGCACCCUAUAGGUUUUGCUGACUCUAUGGAAGAGCCACUGGUUGAUCCAUCCAUUGGCAAGCGAAGUAGCGGUACAUGGCCCAAAGUCAUGGUCAGCCCAGGACACACUCAGCGUGAGUUUACAGAUUUUAAGAGACCUAGACAGAGGAAGUCCAUAUUUGAUCCGGACACUUUUAAAAGACCACAAACACCACCAAAAAUAGCCUUCUUGCCCCCUGGCCCUGUUCUUGUUCAUUCACCUCAACCAUCAAAGUCAGAUAGACCUUCUACACCCCCAACCCCUCCAAAACGCAGUGACUCGAUAAAGUUUAAGCACAGACACCAGUCUAGCUCUGCGUCUGAUUCCACUGUAACAGCUGGCUCACCACCGACAAGCCCUUCUCCUGCGCCCAUGCCGGCUAAUACACAGGAUGUCACACACAAGUCCCACCACAUCAGGGGAGUGGGCAAGUGUUGUCGUGAAGAUGGCACAGACUGUACUUUGUCAGGAUGCAGGGCAUCCGGGGAGGUGGAAGGUUGUUUACAGAGAGAGGAGGAACCUGAAGUGAAGAGGCCGAGACCUCGAUCUGCUCCUGCACUAAGGCAUAGGCUGGCACCUGUACCUUUCACUCAUCCCGCUCUUCAGAGUCCAAAGUUCCCUCCAAGUUCAGAAGGCAGGCUUUCUCCAGAACUUACCCACGAGUGGAUACGAUUUUCUCCAACACGAUCUGCUCGGCACAGUGAUGUUUUCGCAGCUUCUUUGUAUGGGCCAGGGAUGUCAGGAACUGUGCCACGUGGCCUUGCCCCAUGCCCCGCUGUGACUGCAGUGGUUAGAAACCCAAUUUACACAACAUGGAGUCAUCGAGUACACGCCAAUAACUGCCCUUCUUCUACUGGCCAGGUCUGCCAACAGCAUUUACACCCCAGUUCACAACAUCAUGGUCGUCUGAGCUUGGACUUAAGCCACAAACAUCCUGCUGAAUAUUGUGAUACAUCUCGUCCCAGGGUCACCCAUGGUUCCAACUCCCUCCCCUCCAGUGCCCGUCUGGGCUCCUCCAGAACAGAGCGUAUUAAAAUCCCAUUAACCCCUCGUUACCCUAGGAGCUCCACAGGCUCUGACAGAGGAUCUUUAUCACAGUCAGAGUGCAGUAGCCCCAGUCUCGCCAGCCCACCACACUCCCCCCUGAACUUGGAAACCUCAUCAUUUGCCAGUUGUCAGUCUCAAAACUCAAUAACCAGCUUACCAAGGAUUUCUGUCAGCACAGUGCCUCUUGGAGAGCGCCGAAAGGAUAGACCACUAGUAGAAGAACCACGGCACGUUAAGGUACAGAAAGGUGCAGAGCCUUUAGGAAUUUCCAUUGGAGGCGGUGAGAGUGGUGGUGUCUUUGUUUCCAAAGUAACUGUGGGAAGCAUUGCACAGCAAGCCGGGCUUGAGUAUGGGGACCAGCUGCUAGAGUUUAACGGUAUAAACCUGAGAAAUGCAACUGAGCAGCAGGCCCGACGCAUCAUUGGACAGCAGUGUGACACCAUCACCAUCCUGGCUCAGUAUAACCCGCACAUGUGCCAGCCUAUCCAUUCUCGAUCCAGCUCCCGGCUGGACGCUGCCUUGUCCCAUAUCACCCCCCACGGUAGCGGUACAGUGACCCCUGACAAUCAUUCAUUUAUAGACACUGUGAGUGAGCAAGAUGAGGGGACUAUGACUCCACCUUCCAAGGAAACCACGCCAAGCACCAGCCCGCGCGGCUCACUUAGGACGCCUGCAGAAGGUACAAAGAGGCAAUAUGAGCUCCGUACAGUCUCCCUGCCCAAAAGCCCUGUGGAGCUGGGACUUCAGAUUUGUGGGGGAAACCAGCACGGUAUCUUUGUAUUGGACGUGGAGGAUGACGGUGUGGCAGGUGGUCCAGGUGGGCUGCAAUCUGGAGACAUUAUUCUGGAGUAUGGUUCAGUAGAUAUGAAGAACAAGACGGCAGAAGAAGCUUAUUUGGAAAUGCUAAAACCGGUAGAGAAUGUCAGAAUAAAGGUGCAACAAAAGACAGAAGAAUUCAGUAAAAUCAAAGACCUGCCGGGGGAUGGAUUCUAUGUAAGAGCAUUGUAUGAGAGGCAAGCGGAAGCAUCGCAAGAGCUGAGCUUUAAGAAAGAUGACAUCCUAUAUGUUGAAGACACUCUCCCCCAGGGGGGUUUUGGAACCUGGAUGGCAUGGCAGUUGGAUGAAAAUGCACAGAAGCUUGAGAGGGGGCAGAUCCCCAGUAAAUACAUGAUGGAGCAGGAAUUCUCCAGAAGGCUUAGCAUGUCUGAGGUACGAGAUGAGGGAACGUCAGGAAAGACUCUCUCUGCUGCUGCUGCUAGACGCUCCUUCUUCAGAAGGAAGCACAAACAUAAACACAGUGGCUCACGAGAUGGUAAAGACCUGCAAGGGUUGGAUACGAUCAGUACAGACUCCAUUCCUUUCCUGGAUGACUUGAGUUUGGCUUAUCAGCGAGUCCAAAGGGUGGACUGUACCUCCCCCCGGCCUGUUCUAGUUCUUGGACCACUUGUAGAUGCAGUAAAAGAUAUGCUGGUUAAAGAGUCUCCCGGAAAGUUCUGCAGAUGUCCACUUGAGGUGAUGAAAGCUUCGCAGCAGGCUAUAGAACGCGGUGUCAAGGACUGUCUGUUUAUAGACUACAAGAGACGUAGCGGCCAUUUUGAUGUCACCACAGUGGCUUCAAUAAAGGAAAUAACAGAGAAGGACUGCCACUGUCUGCUGGACAUCGCUCCUCAUGCUAUUGAGCGGUUGCACAGUGUCCGUAUCUACCCAAUAGUCAUAUUUAUCCGGUACAAAAGCACAAAGCAGAUAAAGGAGCAAAAGGACCCAAACUUUCUAAGGGACAAAGUAACACAGAAACAUUCCAAAGAGCAGUUUGAAAGUGCACAGAAGAUUGAACAGGAGUACAGCAAAUAUUUCACAGCUGUGAUCCAGGGGGGUGCGCUGUUUAACAUUUGCACUCAGAUCCUCAGUAUUGUUGAUCAAGAACAGAAUAAAGCGCUUUGGAUCCCAGCAGGAGCCGUGUGAGAUCUUCACUCCGUUAUCCUUUGCUGAGUACAUGAAGAAAUCUUGUCUUUGAGAACUUUUACCAUAAGGCAAUACACUAACAGGGACUAUAUCCAGGUCAAUGGAUACACCACUAAAUCCUUUUAACAAAUAACGGAGAUCUCCCAAGGAGUCUUUUGUCAAACCAAUGCAGAAGCCACACUGUCCAUGAAUAAUUACAUGGGAAACCAACAUUGCCCAUAAACAGAAAAUAUGCAGUGUGUUCAUGAAGCUACAAUCCGCUCACAAAGGCGAGUCAUAUGCAGAUAUUUGCAGCCACAAAACAGGAAACAAAAUCACCAGAUAAAUAAAAAAAGAAACUAAUAUUUUAUUGACAAAUGUUUUGCAAAUUCCAUGGACGAGCUAAUGUUUAAGCUGAAGAUUUGUCACCAAGGUACUGGGAACAAAAGAUAACCAUUUGUACACGUUAUUAGUGACAAUAAAGUUGCAAGACGAUUGAAGACCCUACACUUGCCAGGAAAACUAUGAAUGACCAAACAUCAUGUAGGCUGGGUAUCACCAACAUUCUAUUAGAGUUAUGCUCCUUAACCCCUUCAUUGUUUGAAGUAUCUAUAUCUUAGCAUUGCUUUACUUGAAAUGGGCUUUUUCUUCAUAUAUACAUUUAAAUAGACAUUAAACUCUGUGUUUUAUGAUCCAAUUGAAAGAGCUGCAUUUAAAUAGUGUGAUUUUUUUAUUUCUUAUCAUGAAAAUGUUAAAGGGGCAAUAAACACCUUGUAAUUACAAUACAUUUCUGUUGUGUUGCUAUAGAAUAACAUAUCAGCCAAGUCUUAACAGUUUUAAAACAAAUUAAGAUCCCUUUUACUGCACAUAUUUUCAGUAGUCGAAAUCCGCCCACUAUUUGACUUAUUUGGAGGAGCCAAUCAGGGCUUUAGUUUGUAGACAAGACCAAUCACUGUUAUAAAGUUAAUAUAAAAUAAAUGUAUUUUGCAGUUAUCUGACAAUUAGGGACAGAUGUGUAGCAGAGUUAGUCUUGAGAAGUCAGCAGAGUUCAUUUCAUGUUCUGAGAAUUAGAAAUUGUUAAAUUUUCAAAACUAAAUUGUGUAAAGGGAGCAAAAUAAAUAAUGAAAAUAUAUUGCAUAGUUGUUUCCUUACACAUAACCAAACAUUUUAUAUACAAAUAUUAAGGUGUUUACAAUAAACACUUUGAGAUGGUAAUAUAACAUGUUAAAUUGUGUGUAUGAUUGAGAUUUUUUUUUAUAUAUAUAUAUAUAUAUAUAUAUAUAUAUCAAAGUCUGCAGUAUACUUUCAAUAUUUAUUUUGUCCCCUUUUCCUGUGAUUCCAUUGUGAAAUUGUGAGCUUUUCCGUUUCUGUUAGAAAUGUAAGUGCAGAACAAUGUUAUAUCCCACACAGCCAUUGGCCGCAGACUCUAGUGACCUAUUUAUAACUGUCCCUAAUUGGCCACAGCAGAGAAGGUAACCUAAGUUACAACAUGGCAGCUCCCAUUGUUUUAUAGACACUAAAACUUUACACUUAUGUUGUCAAUAUUUAAACAGCUAAUGAAACUUUAAAAAAUACAUCUACAUAUUAUUCUCAGACUAAUCUUUCCUUUGAAUGCAUCAAUCUAUCUAGUAAUUUAUUUAGUGUUUAAUGUCACUUUAAAGGGACUUAAAUCACUUUUUUUUAAUAAUGUGUAUAGAAUUUUAGAAUUUAUUUUUGUCCCUUUGUGUCUGAAAACUUUAUUGUAGACUAACCCUUCCAGAAAUCUGUACCCAAUUGGUUUCUGCUAAGUAACUUAAAAACAAAAGGAUAUUUGCUAACAUAAUGACAGUGACAAGCCUGGUCUAUUUUAAUGUUAAAUUCUGAUUGGCUACUCAGGAUAAGUAAGUAGUUGGUGGAGUUUGGCUGUUGACAAACAAGUGAAGUAGUUUUUGUUGCAAGAUUGUGGAAAAAUUCCAAGGUGUUUACUGUUUCUUCAUGUAAAAGCUGUUUACAUUGAAACUAAUACAGCAGUAUCAGUUUUGUACUUCCUGCUAAUUCUCAUUGGCUGAUAAGUAGUUCUAUUCAUGCUGAAUGAUUGGUACAGACAAUUCCCACAGCCCUAUUGGUAGAGAGGGACACACCUCUGCAAGCUUAGUAACACAAUGUCGAUUUAUUGAGAAUGUUGAUUUAUUUAUUAUAUUAAAAAUACAUUGAGUGUUUUAAUGUCAUUGUAAUUAGUCUUUUAAUAGUUAUUAUACAACCACUUAAUUUGCCGCAAAAUCAUAUUUUUGGGACAAAUUUCCAAAGUGGUUCGGGCCAGAAAUGCAUUUUUGUUUUACCUUGAAGCUUGAAAGCUAAAAUAGUAGCAGAUAUAUAGGAUAUUUAAAGCAACAUAUUUAUUUGUUGUUGGUUCAAUAUUUUCUGUGUCCAACUUACACCAUAAACAAACACCAAUUUCAUCCAGUACGUGUUUCUGCAAUGCUGCGUACCUAACUGACUUUGUAUCUUCCAGCCGUGAAGGGGUUAAGAGUUAUUUUUGUGUUUUAUGUUACUUGAUACAUGUUUUCAGUUUAGAACAUUGUAUACAAAAUUUAUAUUUUUUGCUUGUUUGAUUCAUCAAAUGAGGAACAGAUCUCUGAAAACUAGUUCAGCACAUGUAGCAGAGUAUCAUACAAAUAGGUAACUCAACCUGUAACCUGGCAUAAGAUUUCACUGGAGAUGAGAGGGUUAAUAUUUUAUUUUUUACUUAAAGGGACACUUCAUGGAUUACAACAGCUAUUAAGUGAAAGAUAUCUGUGUACUGUUUAUAAAGACAGAUAUUAAAACUGAAAUAGAAAUGGA